AAAACCUAAAGGUCUAUAAAUAGAGAGCCAAGUGCCACAUUAUGUUCACUCAGCAGAAAUCAUCUACCCUUCAUAUAUUAUUUGUGUUCACCUUUUGUUGAUUACCAGAGCAUGGCAUCUUCGAAAACUUUUCUUCUUCUUGGUCUUGUCUUUGCUGUUGUCCUCGUCUCCUCUGAGGUCGUCUCAGCCCGCGAGCUGGUUCCGACUACUGCUCAAACCCAGGAGAAUGUAGAGAUGGAUAACUAUGGUGACCAUUUUCACGGCCACGAGAAUGGACUUUGGGAGCACGGGCAUGGCCACGGACGUUGGGAGCACGGCCAUUGCCACGGACACUGGGAGCAUUGUGGCCAUGGCUGCCACGGAAAAUGGGGACAUGGUGCUGCAGAGAGUGAAAUAGAGAAUUAGAUAUAACCCUAUAAUUUGCCUGUGGUGAUAUAUGUUGCAGGCAUGUUAUAAGGUUCAUAAAUAAAUCUUUGUUUGUCAAUAAAGCAGCAUUAAUUGGUUGAGUGGAUCCAUAACUCCCAAUCACAGCUGGUUUUUAGGGUUUAUUGAUCCUCUUAUAUAUUCUCAGUAAUAUGUACGCCUUAGAUUUGCUACAAUGCGCUUCGAUUUGCUAAGUUGAUGUUGUGUCGAAAGUGUACUGUUGAACUUUGGAAUCUAUCCUUGUAAAUAAAUAAAUUUAAAGUUUCUUUUUUAA